GAAGGUCACAAAAAUGAAAAUACAAACAUGGCGGAACUUAAAAUGUCUUUCUUGACUUUCCCAUCCCUUUCAAUUAAUAAUGAAUCUCGAUGGAGAAACUUCAUCAUAUACACCUACCUGUGCAUCAUAACAUCAUAUUAUCUGAAUUCUUGAGAUUUCGACUUAUGGAAACAGAUCGAACUAGGCUAAGAAUUCUAUUGUUCCCAUGGUUGGCUCACGGCCACGUAUUCCCUUAUCUUGAGCUAGCUAGGAAACUAUCCCAAAAAAAAUUCCACAUAUACUUUUGUUCUACAGCAAUCAAUUUGAGUUCAAUCAGUGAAACCAUUGAAAAGAACUUCUGGGAUACCUCGAUAGAACUCAUCGAACUCCAUUUACCAUCAUGGCCUGAUCUGCCUCCUCAUUACCACACAACCAAAAAUGUGCCACCUGAGCUUAAGCCAAAGCUCCUGGAGGCCUUUCAAAUGUCAAGCUCCUGCUUCUCAGACAUUAUCAAUACUCUAAAGCCUGACUUGCUAUUCUAUGAUGUCUUCCAACCAUGGGCUGCAGUACUUGCUUCUUCGCUAGGUAUUCCUGCAGUUCAUUUUUCCACUGCAGGAGCAACACCAUAUUCCUUUGGCCAUCAUCUCUUCACAUAUGGGAAUGCAAAUUUCCCUUAUCAGGCAAUAUAUAUACAGGAAUAUGAAAUGAAAGAGAUGAAUUUUCCACCAAAUAUUAAAGAUGCAGAUGAAAGUUAUGUUUUUGGAAACUUCAAACGAUCUUGUGACAUUGUUUUGAUGAAGAGCUGCAGGGCAAUUGAGGGGAAAUAUAUCGAUUAUUUAUCUCUUUUGUCCCGGAAAAAUGUAGUACCUGUUGGACCACUUAUUACACAACCUACAAAUGAAGAAGAUGAUUCAGAGAUCAUGCAGUGGCUAAGCAAGAAAAGUCAGUUGUCAACUGUGUACGUUUCCUUUGGUAGUGAAAACUACUUGCCCAAGGAGCAGAUUGAAGAAAUAGCACAGGGGUUAGAGCUUUGUGAUGUUAAUUUUAUAUGGGUUGUUAGAUUUCCUGUUGGGAGUACCAUAAGAAUAGAAGAAACGCUGCCAGAGGAAUUUCUUGAGAGGGUGAAAGAGAGAGGUAUGAUUGUACAGGGAUGGGUACCACAGGCUAAAAUUUUGGCACAUCCAAGUAUUGGUGGUUUUGUGAGUCAUUGUGGAUGGAGUUCUAUAUUGGAAAGCAUUUAUUUUGGCGUUCCUGUUAUAGCCAUGCCUUUGAAACUUGACCAACCUCUAAAUGCUAGGCUCGUGGUUGAGGCUGGGGUCAGUGUGGAGGUCGCAAGAAACAAAAAUAGAGAAUUUAAGAGAGAUGAGAUAGCAAAAGCAAUAACUAAGGUGGUUGUAGAGAAGUCGACUGGAGAAGGCAUCAGAUCAAAGGCUCGCGAGUUGAGCAAAAAAAUGAAAGAUGAAGAAGAAAUAGCAAUGAAUGAAACAUCAGAGAACCUAUUGCAGCUUUGCAGCAAGUAUAAGCAGAAGCAGUGAUGUCUAGCCCUGCCUGAGGCCAUGAAAACCAGUUUAUGAUUGGUUUAAAGUUUAUAUCUUGUACUCACCAAAGGUAUCCUAUCCUAUAAUUGGCCAGAAUAUAUAAGAGGACAGUUUCACCGUAUGGAAGGAAUAAUGUCCAAUCUGAGAGCAUUGUUUAGCCAAAAAUCCUCUACAAAUCAAAUUGUGCUAUAUAUGUAUUACAUUUUGCAAAAGCUAGAAGAAAUGAGGAACUGUUGUUAUCUUCUAUAUAUGGUGUAAUUCAGACAAAAUUUAGUUGCAUUAAGUAUAUUUCCUGCAA